GAGACCGAAAUGGUAUGCGUGGAAAGGGUUAGGGAGUACUCGGAGUUGAACUCAGAGAAGAGUUGGCAAUCGACCGAUGCGUACAAACCAUCUGAUGAUUGGCCGACCAGUUUUUCAAUUGAUUUUAUCAAUUAUAGCGCUUCUUAUAGACCAGGACUCGAACCGGUGCUCAAAGAACUCAACUUUAGGAUAGAGUCGGGAGAGAAGGUGGGAAUAGUUGGCCGAACCGGUGCCGGCAAGUCGUCCAUUACGUUGGCUUUGUUUCGCAUAAUUGAGCCAACAUUUGGUCAGAUAAUGAUCGAUGGCGUGGAUGUGACUCGUAUUGGUUUACACGACUUGAGAUCAAAGCUAACAAUUAUACCACAAGAACCCAAUCUCUUCGCCGGAACCCUAAGACUCAAUUUGGAUCCGUUUGAAGAAUAUUCUGACCAACAGUUGUGGACAGCACUGGAAAGGGCGCACUUAAAAGACUACAUAAGCGGUACAUCCGAUGGUCUGUCGCAUGAGAUCAGUGAAGGCGGUGACAAUUUGAGUGCAGGUCAGAGACAAUUGGUUUGUUUGGCGAGAGCUCUGUUGAGGGACACGAAGAUCCUGGUGCUCGACGAGGCGACCGCUGCCUGCGAUCUGCAAACCGAUUCAUUAAUUCAGACAACAAUUGCUGAACAGUUCAGUGACUGCACU